AGUGCUUGAUUGUUCUACCCCUGUUCCCACUCUCCCUACCCUCCCCGUAAUCUGUGACCACCGGGAUUUCUCAAAUACGACAUCGGCCAGAGCUGAUGUCGAUGGAACAGGACACCGGGGCACUGCCACGACGCAGUGCCAGGCUCGCAGUUCGUACCCGUCCUGUGGUACCUCCACGAAGCAAGUAUCAGCAACAGCGGCUCAGCAAGCGGACGACUCCAGUGGCAUCAAGUACAGCAUUGACAGUACCGGUUCUCACCGGAGUUCUUCCCGCAUGUCCGGUCGAAGGGGCCCAUGAACCGUUGGCUGACUACCUUGGGCGGCUACAGGUAUUCACAGAUGACGUAGAUGCCGCCAAGGCUCAGCAGGAGGCAGCAGAGGCAGAACGUCAGCGGCUGGCCAAUGAGGCGGCAGCCCCAGCUCAGCAGACUGCUGAGGCUGACGCAGCGGCACGAGACAGACGAAAUGCCGCCAGCACGGAGUCCCUGAUUCAAAAUGAGAAUCAGUGGACAACGCUACUCCAAGGCAUGUUCUUUGUGCCUACGGAAGCGCAGGCGGCUCCGACACAGGCGGAGGGAGAGAGAAGUAACCUGGCUACCCUGAUGUUGAGCGUGAUGAGGGGAGUAAUGUGGAACAACAAACUGCUGCAGGCACACCUGCUCAUGGAACGACAGCAACGACAAAAGCACCAGCAAGAGGUGGCCGCUUUAACAGCUGUCGUCCGCGACGCAGCAACGCAGCAGCAGCAACAGCAACAGCUGUUGAACUCUACUCUCGCACGCAUCAACGACAUUGAGGCUAAGGCCUCAGCAGCGCCAGGCUGCAUGACAGACGCGAUGAAGCAACUCAAUGAGCGCAUCGAUCACAUCGUCACCAUCAUUGGCGAACUAGGUGAUUUCACUACUCCGGCCACGAUCAGCAGCACGGUGGCCGCCAUCAAGACGAGCAUCACCAAACUGCAGACAAGACCGGACGCCGCUACAAAGAAUUACAAGAUGCCGCACUUCGACAUCAGCAAGUUCGACGACUACAACAAGUCGGACGCCUUGACUUGGUGGCAAAGUUUCCUCACGGAAGCAUCUUGCCGCACUGUCCCGGCUGACGACAUGAUGAAGGCGCUCUACUUACAACUGAUUGGAGGAGCGCAGGCCUGGAUGAACCAUCUAGCGGCUACCAAGAAAUGCACCAUCGCCGAACUCCACAUGCACAUCCCGUGGAAGGAGUUCAAGAAGCUAUGGUUCACUUGGUUCAUGGUCCGCAACGUCGUGAAGGCGGCCAUGAACGAGGUGUACACCUGCUCUCAAGGGAAUAUUCCAACUCGAGACUGGACAACCAAGUGGCAAAAGAUAGUGACCACGCCAGGCUUCGAUUUGAGUUUUACCAACCAACAAUCCGAGUUCUUCUCGCAGUCGUGCGCAGGACUGCGAACCGCACUCGGCAACGAGUACGAUUACGCCUCAUUCCAGGCCAUCCUGGAUCGUGCGAACUUGGUCAUCCAAACGGAUGACAAGGCCGCAAACGAACGGCAGUCCCAGCCGCAUUAUGUGGCUAAGCCGGGCUAUCAACGACCGACACAUAAUAAUGCCGUUAUUUCUGACGAAACAGUCGAUCUCCACGCUGCAGCAUCAUCCUCGAGUGAUGGAGGAUUUGUAGCAGCACUCCCGCCGAAGCGUCCCAAGAGAGUUCGGAAGAACAAGGCGACACAAGAGACGACAUCGACGGGAACUGGGCAGCAGCCAUGGACGGCAUACAAGAUAACCAAGGAAAUCUAUGACCUUCGUCAACGGUACAGAUAUUGCCUUUGGUGCAAUGGAGUCACUCACUUGACCGCACAGUGCCCCGAAAAGGCGAAGGCACGCGUACCCCCGCCCCUGGUCUAUAGUAGGACGUUGGACGAGCACAUCAUACACCUUCGCGCUGUUUUGGAUCGUUUGCGACUGGCCAAGUACAAAGCGAACCGCGACAAGUGCGAGUUCGCCAAGCAGGAGCUUGAGUAUUUGGGCCAUUAUGUUACGCCGAAAGGCAUUCGUCCCUUAGCGGACAAGAUCCAAGCCAUCGUGGAUUGGCCGGAAUCCCGUUGCACGACGGAUGUACGCUCUUUCAUGGGUUUGGCUGGAUAUUAUCAGCGAUUCGUCGAGUCAUACUCGAAAGUGGCAGCUCCUUUGUCGAGACUUCAGUCCCCGAAGUGUCACAACGACGGUUGGCAUCCGGUCGAGUACUUCUCCCAAAAGGUGCCUCUCGUGAACACUCUCGACGACGCUAGGAAGAAAGAGCUACUCGCGUUCGUCACCGUUCUCAAACGGUGGCGCCACUUUCUUCUCGGCCGUCGGCGUUUUAAAUGGAAUACGGACAACAAUCCGUUGACCUUUUACAAAACGCAGGAUACGGUCACUAGCACGAUCGGUCGAUGGAUGUAUUACAUCGACCAGUUCGACUUUGMCCCGUGCCACAUUCCCAGUCCCGCCAAUCGAGCUGCGGACGCCCUCUCACAACGGCCCGGUUUUUGUGCCAUUGUGACCACAACAUUCGACCUCGAUGACGAUCUGCAGCCGCAUUUCGUCAAAGGCUACAAGUCCGACCCGACUUACUCUACGCUUUACGCAGAGCUUUCAUCGCAUCACCCGCCGGCUAGCCACUAUUGGAUUUUCGACGGGUUCCAUCUCCUUCACACGAGAGGAAAUGACUUGUUAGUUGUGCCCCAAGAUCGCAUCUUACGGACUCGUCUUCUCGGCGAAUUCCACGACGCACGACUUUCGGCACACCUUGGCGUGAACCGCACAUUAGCACGCCUCCGCCAGCGUUUUCACUGGCCCGACAUCCUUCAUGACGUCACGAGGUACAUUGAGUCAUGUGCAGUUUGCCACCGGAACAAGGGUCGAUCUCAAGUUCCCUUCGGCGAACUGAAACCAUUGUCGAUUCCUCGGGCACCGCGCCUCUCCAUUGCUAUGGACGUGAUAGGCCCGUUCCCCCGCGAUCGCCAUGGCCAUGACGGUAUUCUCACRGYCGUUGACCGUUUGAGCAAGUAUGCUCGCUUUCUUCCUUGCAAGUAUCAUGCUGCAGCACCCGAGCUCGCACGACUCUUGCACACCGGUUGGAUUACCAACCAGGGUGUUCCGGAGGACAUUGUGAGCGACCGAGAUACUCGCUUCAUGUCGGUCUUUUGGACUUCCCUUAUGGCUGAGUCCGGUACGACAAUGAAGCCGAGCUCGGCUCGGCACCCGCAGACGGAUGGCCAGACGGAGCGCACACACCAGACCGCUCAGAUGAUGUUGCGUAYGCUCAUCCGUCCCGGCCAGAAAGAUUGGGUUGACCGGCUUCCCGACAUUGAGUUCGCCUACAACACUUCGGCCGCCGACAUAGACGUCCCUUGCUCUCCCGCUUCCGUUCGGAAGUACCGGGACUUGCUGAUCAAAGCCCGCGCGAAUAUGCAAAAGGCUCAGAUCCGCAUGCAGCAGCAGGCUAACCGACGUCGACUUCCAUGUCCUUUCCGCGAUGGAGACCUUGUUUGGGUCCUCUCCGAGGAAUUUGCGCUCGAGCAGGACGUUUCGAGCAAACUCCUUCCGAAAUGGUUCGGACCAUGGGAAGUCACUUCUGCUGUUGGAGACGACCCCGCAGGUCCUUCCUUUGUGGUCAACAUUCCCCCGCACCUUCCAGUGCACCGGGUCUUCCACGCGUCGAAGCUGGCCAUCUACACGCCACCUUCCGUCGACGAGUUUCCCGGCCGUCGAUCACAGGAUCCGCCUUCUAUGGACGAACAUCAGGAAGUCGACCGAGUCAUCACGCACCGCAAGUAUGGCAACAAGCCAAUGCAGUUCAAAGUCACAUUCAAGCAAUGUGCGCCUGACGGCACUCGGUGGAUCUCUAGUGCAGACUUGCAGACUUCUGCACCCCUUAUCUUCGCCAACUAUGAGAAGCGACGCCUUGCCAAGGAAGCAGCUCGUCCCACCUGACCCAUCCCGGUAUCGGACAGA